AUGAAUUGGGCGGUAGCCAUUAAAACAUCGGUUUCGGUGUUCUGGUGUCCCCCUUUUUCCUCUCUUAAGCUUAAUGUGGAUGGUGCUUGCAAAGGUAAUCCGGGAGUAGGAGGGGGUGGGGGUAUCAUAAGGAAUACGGAGGGAAGGGUUAUUGCUGCCUUUGCAAAUUUCUAUGGUGAGUGCACCAAUUCCAUUGCUAACCUGAGAGUGCUAAGAGAUGGUCUUAAGCUCUGUGAGAGUUUGGGAAUUAAGGAUUUUCAUGUUAACUCUGAUUCGGCGGCAACUGUUCAGUGCAUUGCGAAAAGAAAAUGCGAAUUUUGGAAAGGUUGGUACUGGUUUCAGGAAGUUUUGGGGCUGAUUAACUUUCUUAAACCUAUGAUUUCUUUCACAUACCGUGAAGGGAAUAGGGCUGCGGGUUUUCUGGCUAAUUUGGCUUGUGAUUCGAAGAAGGAUACGGUUUUUCACGGAGAAUCUAGCUUACAUCAGAAUCUUUGA